GCGUAUGUGUCCGCUCAGACACACAAUAUAGCAGACCGUCUGAAGACUUUAGAGCAGGAGGUUACACGAGGAGCAACAGCGAUAGUGGCCCUCAUCCUCAAAAACAAACUCUACAUCGCUAACGUAGGCACUAAUCGAGCUCUCCUGUGCAAAACCACCAGUGAUGGUCAGAAUCAGGUGAUCCAGAUCGGCCGAGCACACACCACUGAUAAUGAAGACGAGCUGACCAGACUCGCACAGCUGGGUCUGGAUCCGGUGCGCUUGAGACAGACAGCAGUGAUCUCAGGUCAGAGCAGCACUCGCCGCAUCGGAGAUUAUAAAGUCAAGUUCAACUACACAGACAUCGACGUGCUCAGUGCAGCAAAGCAUAAGCCAAUCAUCGCAGAGCCUGAGAUCCACGGCGGCCAAUCACUGGCAGGCGUGACGGGCUUCUUGCUGCUGAUGUCAGAGGGGCUCAUCAAAGCCCUGGAGGCGGCACACGGACCGGAGCAGGUCAACCAGGAGGUGGUGGCGAUGGUGGCGGCGGAGCUGGCGCAGCAGGGCAGUCUGGAGGCCGCGGCGCAGGCGGUGGUGGAGCGGGUGAAGCGUCUGCAUCAUGAUGUGUUCGUGAGCGGCAGACAGAGGGCGCAACACUGCGCUCACCACGAGGACAUGACCCUGCUGAUCAGAGUCAUCAACUACACACUCGCUGACGGAUCGCUCACACCAACACAAGGAGGCCGGAUCUACCCAGUGUCUGUGCCAUACUCAAACCAUCAGAGCACCAGUAAAACCAGCGUGACUCUGUCUUUGGUCAUGCCGGCUCAGGGAACGCUGACCAACGGCUCCAGCACCUCAUCCACACUGGAGGGAGACACGCCCACUGCUGGCAAUCAGAGCCCCUCGACGACGCUGCAGUCGACGAACACACACACGCAGAGCUCCAGCUCCAGCUCGGGGGACGGCAGCCUGUUCCGGCAGAGGAGCAACCAGGCAGCGCAGCCGGACGAGACGGGCCGUGUGCCGCCAUACGUGGACUUCACCCAGUUCUUCCGGCUCUGGGGGAAAGACCACAACGACAGCCAGACUGUGAGCGCAGAGCUAGGGCCGCAGUGACCACACACACACACACACACACAUCUGUGAGCACAGUCCGUCGUCUCUGACUGUGUGGUGGAUGGAGGAGCUGGACUGACUCUAUAAAAGGGAAGAGACUGUGUUCACUCACGGUGACGUCUGCUCAUUACUCUUCAGUUUUACCCCUUCACGUUCUCUGACCUGCUUGUCUGCUUCAUGUAAAGUCACCGAGAGCAGUUCUGCAGUCGUCUGUCUGUCUGUCUGUCUGUUUCUGUGUGUUAUUGGAGUUUUAGUGCCUUCCUAUAAUAAACAUAGAAGCUUGAUUAAAAAUCUA